GUUUGUUUGAUUUUCACCUAAUGUAGAUUCGUUAUAUCUCGCUAGCUAAGCCAUCGCAGAAUGUAUCGUAACUCAUGAGUGUAACAACAGUUCGGAUGGAGUAAGAAGAAUGGCGUACAGCACCAACAUUCAAAGCUAGCCAAUUAUAUAACGGUAUCGACAACGAUCUGCGUUGCACAUGUGGGAGGACGAGUAAUGCACAUGGCAGAGAGGAAUGGUGUGUUGGAGACGAUUGGGGAGGAGAGCGCAGUACGAGGUAAUAUGCUGAAGAUUUGGGAUCUUGGGAAGACGGACAAGAGAAACCAAGCACCAGUGUUACUGAGAUCUUCCAAGGUCCAGCCUAGCAACAAGCCUCAUCCAGUGAGUGACUCACUACGUUCAGCUUUCGCUCGGUGAGCUUGUAAUUCAGGUCUUUUGCUUUGCACUUUCUUCUGCGC